AUGCAGGCGCCUGCAGCAUGUUGUCUGUUUUGGAUGAUGGUACUCGUUGGUACCACACUCGCAGUGCUCACUCUGGACAUUGUACGGGGUCCUCAUUACUAUGAGGACAUCGAUGCUCGACAAAUUGAAGGUCGUGCGACAAUCACUUCGGUUCUUUACAACAACGUUUCCAGAGGGUCAUAUUAUGUGGAAGUGGAUGUUGGAACGCCUGCGCAAAGACAAACGCUGUUCUUAGAUACGGGAAGCAGUGAUACAUGGAUUUUAGACUCCAGGGCGGACUUGUGUGUCACUCCACGUCUUCAACAGAGACGUUUUGGUGGCUGUGGAACUACUUUUCAACCUUCUAAGUCCUCUACGUUUAAAGUAGCUGUAGAAGAUGCUUUCAAUAUUACCUACCUCGAUAGAACGGGCGCGAGCGGCGAUUACAUAACGGAUACAUUUGCAAUCAGUGGGGCAACAAUACCAGCACUUCAGAUCGGAUUGGCUUCUAGAUCAUCUAUUGGGUCUGGCCUGAUGGGAAUCGGUUACAGUGUCAAUGUUGCAUCAAAUUCACGCGGGAAUGAGCUACCGCCAUUCAGGUACCCCAACGUUAUAGACAAGAUGUUAAGCUCGGGGGUCAUCAAACGAAAAGCUUACAGUUUGUAUUUGAACGAUCUUUCCGCCUCGACUGGGUCUAUCAUCUUUGGUGGAAUGGAUACCACCAAGUAUCACGGGAAUCUGUUGCAGCUCCCUGUUGUGCCUUCCAGAUACCGCAAUGGCACAACUGUCUUUGCGGAAUUAUCUGUUGUCAUGACAUCUGUAGGGAUUACCGGACAAGCAGGCAACGUUGUGAAUUUCACAACAACAGGAUUCAAGGAAUCCGUUCUGCUGGACUCGGGUACGACGUUUAGUUAUCUGGACCGCAAUUUGGUACGAUCGAUUUAUGAUGCUCUCAAUGUUAUAGAUGACACGGAUCAGACCGGUCUUGCAUUGAUUGAUUGUGCGAUACUCGCAAACUCGCCCAAGCUGACACUUGAUUACGGCUUUGGGGGCCCAAAUGGUAUGAUCCUCCGUGUACCAAUUGAUGAGGUAGUAUUCAAUCUUCGAACGCUUCUUAACGUCACGGAAGAUGAUCUCCCUUACACUGGAUUUCAGAGUACGUGUGGUUUUGGCAUUUACACGAGUGAUGAGGGUGACGAUUCUCUUCUUGGCGAUACCUUUUUGAGAUCUGCUUAUGUCGUUUAUGAUUUGGAGAGUAACCAGAUUGCCAUCGGCCAGACGAACUUCAAUUCAACAACCAGUAGUGUGAUUGAGUUCUUAGCGAAUGCUACAAGCAUACCAGAAGUGAGCGGAGUCGCAAGCAGCGCGGAAAUCACUCAAACAUCAAUUGGUGGCUUACCAGGGGUUGGAGCAAAUCCAACAGCGACUGGCUCUGGCAGGAGCUCGACGUCCACUGGACCGGCUGCAACUUCGAGUGGUGCGGCGGCGGGAGCUGUAAACAUACCUCCGCUUGACACGACGGUAUUUCGUGUACUUGGGUUAUCCAUAGCUCUGAUGGUGAUGGGCGGUGGAAUGUUUAUAUUAUGA